GGCAGCCACCGACGGGAUCGCCGACGGCCCCGGUGCAGCCCCCGCCCCAGGGGUUUCCGCGCGGGGGUCGCUCCGGGGCUCCUGCCCUCCGCCGUCGGGGCGACCGGGCGGCCGGGCGGCUUUGGGGUGAGCGCCCCCCGCCGCCAUGCCCGCGCGUCCCGGGCCGCUGUGGCUGCUGGGCCUGGCGCUGUGCGCACUGAGCGCCGGCGGCCCCGGCCCGCGCCCCCCGCCCGGCCUCCCGCCCCGCCGCCUGGGCGCCCGCGAGCGGCGCGACGUGCAGCGCGAGAUCCUGGCGGUGCUCGGGCUGCCCGGCCGGCCCCGGCCCCGGCCCCGCGCGCCCCCCGCCGCCGCCCGGCUGCCCGCGUCCGCGCCGCUCUUCAUGCUGGACCUCUACCACGCCAUGGCCGGCGACGACGACGACGACGCGGCCCGCGAGCGGCGCCUGGGCCGCGCCGACCUGGUCAUGAGCUUCGUCAACAUGGUGGAGCGUGACUGCACACUGGGGCUCCCAGAGCCGCACUGGAAGGAGUUCCUCUUUGACCUGACCCAGAUCCCGGCAGGGGAGGCAGUCACAGCUGCCCAGUUCCGCAUCUACAAGCUGCCCAGCAGCCGCCCACUCAACCAGACCCUCCACAUCAGCGUGUUCAAGGUGGUCAGGGAGCUCACCAACAGGGAGUCUGACUUGUUGUUUUUGGAUCUUCAGACGCUCCAAGCUGGGGACGAGGGCUGGCUGGUGUUGGAUGUGACAGCAGCCAGUGACCGAUGGUUGCUGAACCGUAAUCAGGACCUGGGACUCCGCCUCUAUGUGGAAACAGAGGAUGGGCGCAGCGUGGAUCCUGGCCUGGCUGGUCUGCUGGGGCAGCGGGCACCGCGCUCCAAACAGCCUUUCAUGGUCACCUUUUUCAGGGCCAGCCCCAGCCCUGCCCGAGCCCCCCGGGCCGUGAGGCCCCUGAAGAGGAGGCUCCAGAAAAAAACCAACGAGCUGCCGCAGCAGAACAAGCUCCCAGGAAUCUUUGCUGCUGUCCAGGGCACCGAGGGCCAGCAGGUGUGCCGUCGGCAUGAGCUCUACGUCAGCUUCCGGGACCUUGGCUGGCUGGACUGGGUCAUCGCCCCCCAGGGCUACUCGGCCUACUACUGUGAGGGGGAGUGCUCCUUCCCGCUGGGCUCCUGCAUGAACGCCACCAACCACGCCAUCCUGCAGUCCCUGGUGCAUCUGAUGAAGCCAGACGCCGUCCCCAAGGCGUGCUGUGCCCCCACCAAGCUGAGCGCCACUUCUGUGCUCUACUACGACAGCAGCAACAACGUCAUCCUGCGCAAACACCGCAACAUGGUGGUCAAGGCCUGCGGCUGCCACUGAGGCCUCUAGCCCGCUGCAGCGCCUCCCACAGCACCAGGCUGCUUUCCAGAGAUGGGGCUUCCAGUGUUGUCAUAGCUGGGGGUGGGAGGCGGUGAAGUCCAACAGGGAGGUGAUCCCUGCUCAGGCCCUCUGCCCUUCCUUCCUCUGGGGUCUGCAGGAGACCGUGCCCCAGCACUGGCCCUGAUGGUCUGGUGUACACACACUGACCCUAAGGUGCUGGCUGCUGAAUGUGGUCAGUGGCAGUCUCAGGCCUGGUCCUCACCAUCCUGGCCCUGACCAUGUCCAAGGAUCACCAGGAGCUUGAGGUUGCGCGAUCAGGCCUCGUGCCUCAUGUCUGUGUAGGAGCAGGGGUGUGGCCCUCCCCAGCGCAACACCAGCCACUUCUGGGGUGGAGCUGGGCAUGCACAUACCCCCAGUGGUUUGUCAACAGGUCCCCAGCCUCGCCCUUGAAUAGUGAACACAUUGGAGUAGGAAUAAGCUGAAUGGGCCUCAAGUUUAAAGCUGACGCUGGAAAAAUGUUUCAGGACAUGUGUUUUCUCUGGUCCUGGGCCUGCCUGGCAGUCUUCAGUCUGCGGAGUAGGUGUGACCCUUGAUACAGUUUCCUGGGGGAUUUCACUUCUUUCUGCUGCUUCUUCUGGGCUCAGCACUGGGCCAGAGCUAUCUUGUAGCAGACAAAACCUGUGGUUGCAGUGGGUGACCCACACAGCUCAGAUGCCACUACUGCCUGUACACAGCAGUGUUCAGCCUGGGUACUUCUUCCACUUCUGCACCUGGGCAGGGUCUCAUUAUUCUCAGCACACAACUCCAGGCCGCCAGCAUGCAGAGCAGGAAGGAACGCACUCCCCACCUGCAUGAGAAUGCCACUAGAGUCCAGGAGUUAGGAAGAAGCAGGUCAGUGAAGUCUGCAUCACCCUGUGUGCCCAGGAACCUUGUCCUGUGCCUUGAGGUCUGUCAGCCAAAGGAAAGGCCCCUGUUCCAGGAGAGUGACAGGCAGCAAUUAGGCUGAGCUGGGUGGGGAGCUUCCUGGAAGCCACUGUUCUCCUUGGAGCCACUGGCAGCUGGAGUGUUUGUUUAAUUUUUGACUUGCUAAGCCUAUAAUUUACCUGCUGGAACAGAUAGGCUCUAGCUGCCUGUACCCUGAAAUACCGAGUCAUUAAAAGCAGAUCCUGGGCCCACGCCUACCCGCAGGGACAUAGGGAUGAGCAUCUCUGAAGUCUGCCUUCAGCCCUGGGGAGGGGCUCCAGAGUGUUUGGUGGGGCACUGGGGCCAUGCUGCAGAUAGCAUCCCCUCCAGCUGGGCCUGGGAGGAUCUAGGAAGCAAGUGAAGAGGUGUUGACUGCCCCCAUGUAUAGAGAGGAUGGGCCCAGGCUGGGUAUAAGGUGCCGAGCUCCCCACUAGCCUGAGGCUUCUAGCUUUGACUUUCAAGGAUUGGACCAGGCCCUGGCUGGAACGUAGAGACUCCUCUUUCUCAACCACUGACUUGCUUGUGCCUGGACAAGUCCCCUUUCUGAUCCCAGAUUCAGUUUUUCAUCUGUGACAUGAGGACACAGGUCCCUCAUCUCAAGAGGCUGCUCCAGUCAAAGCAUCUGCUUCCCCUGCUGCCCUUCUCCACACUCACAGAGCAGGAGGUGGCCAGGACAUGGCACCUGCCACUUCAGAACCUGACUUAACAGCUGUCCUCCAGCAUCAAGGACAGUGCAGGCCUGGAAAAUCUUCUGACAGAUGUCAGUAUUUGGUCUCUUCAAUGGUUUGGGGGCACCAGGAAAGUUUGUGAAGUCACCGUUUUGAAGAUGUGGACUCCGUUGGUCUCAGCCAUCAGGCGUAUAGAACAGAACAUAAGAAUCAUGCUGUGACUCCCUUUUCAUGCAGUGAAGAUGGAAGUACAGCAGUCCUGGCCUUCCUGCAGACUUCAGGCACCACCAGAAGGCCUGCCUCUAAGUGAGAUCAAAUAGAAGAAGCCUCCGAGCAGGUUGAAAAUUAAAGAAGCCAAGCCGACAAGGCUACCAUGUUCAGUAGCCAAGCUCAUUUUGGCUCUCUGCUCACCUUUGGCAGUGAUUCAGCUUAUGCUCAAACCUUCGGGUUAGAAGCAUGAAUAAGGGCAACCAACUCAGUCUCGCUGGCUGCAAAGCAAAUGCUACAGGAAGGGUGAAUGUGGAACAAUGGUGAGAGUCACCACAGGUGGCAGAGUGCUCUGUCUGCCUCACCCCAGUGCCUUGGGGUCAUGGAUACAACAAAUAUUCUUUUGUGUCUACACAGGCAAGUGGGUAGCUCGAUUCAAGAAAUACUCUGCAGCUCCACAGGAGAGUGAGAAAGGAGAGCGUGUCUUUUGGAGCCAGUAGGCCUAGUCUGAAACUGCCUUCAGCCUUUUGUUGAUCUGUUUGUCCACACUCUUGUGGGGCCCUCGUGGGGCACUGACCUCUUUGCAUCAUAUCUGCACUUGUCUGGGAUGAAUAGCAUCACUUUGUACUCUUGCCCUAAAUGAAUUUGCAAUAUUGGGCCUCCCAUGUGCCUUCUUGUUAAAAAAAAAAAAAAUCUACUUCUGAAUGUGUCCAGGAAGUGCCGCUAUAUUUUCUUCAAAGCUGUGUUUCCCCUAUAAGGCUUAAAUAUGGUCUCUCUUGGGGUGAAGCUUGGAGGUACACCCCCCAUGUCACUCUAGCAAUGGCCAGCACUCUGCCGAGGACAUGGCUGUAUUAUGAUAUCCCCAAUCACUUUACUCCACCCCAUCCCACUGGAACAGGGGGAUUCUCUCCUUAGAAAGUCUUGAGCAAACAUUUAUUUGGCCUUUUUUUUUUUUCUCCAAGCUUCUCUCUCACUUAAGAAAAUACCAUAUUAGGGGCCGGGUGGUGAUGCACCUGGUUAAGUGAACGUCAUAUUACCAUACACAAGGACCAAAGUUCAAAGCCCCCUGUCCCCACCUGCAGGGUGAAAGCUUCAUGAGUGGUGAAGGAGUGCUGCAGGUGUAUCUCUCUCUCUCCUGCUCUCUCAAUUUCUCUCUGUUCUAAAGAAAAGGAAUAAAAGAGGUUAAGAAAAGACGACAUGGAGGGCCGGGUGGUGGCGCACCUGGUUGAGCACAUGUAUUACAAUGCUCAAGGCCCCAGGUUUGAGCCCGUGGUCCCCACAUGCAGGGGGAAAGCUGUGCGAGUGGUGAAGCAGGGCUGCAGGUGUCUCUCUCCCUCUCAUCCCCCUCCCUCUUGAUCUCUGGCUGUCGCUAUCCAAUAAAUAAAGAUAAUAAUGAAUUUUUAAUAAAGAAAAUACUACAUGGAUGCUAAGGAAAAUUAUCUAAAAUGAUAAAUUAGUGGUCCAGGAGGUGGCGAAGUGAUAAAGCUUUGGAUUCUCAAGCAUGAGGUCCUGAGUUCAGUCCCUGGCAGCACAUGUGCCAGAGUGAUAUCUGGUUCUUUCUCUCUCCUAUCUUUCUCAUAAAUAAAUAAAUAAAUAAAAUCUUUAAAAAAUAUUUAAGGGAGUUGGGUGGUAGCACAGCAGGUUAAGCACACAUGGCACGAAGCACAGGACUGGUGUAAGGAUCCCAGUUCAAGCCCCCAGCUCCCCACCUGCAGGUCUGCAGAUGUCUUUCUCUCCCCCUCUGUCUUUCCCUCCUCUCUCCAUUUCUCUCUGUCCUAUCCGACAACAACAUCAAUAAUAACUACAACAAUAAAACAAGGGCAACAAAAGGGAAUAAAUAAAUAAAAUAAAACUGAAUCUUUAAAAAGAAAAAAACAAGAUUACAAACUCAUGUAGUCCCAAUCACAUAUAAAGUAAUAAUUCCUUCCAGUUGUUUCUUCACACAUACAGUUAUCUUUCUGUGUAAUAUAUGGGUGUUUACAAAGUUGGAUCAUACUCUGCACUGUUUGGUGAUGUGAUUUGUUCAAUGAUCUAUUUUGACCCUUUUGUUAUUAAAUAUUCUUGGAAACAA